GCGUCGAGAGAUGCCAGCAGAUAAUAAAGGGGAGUCGGCGAUGCGGUUCCAGGCAAUCACUGGUGUUUAGAAUGCCCUCGUCCAGCGUAUUUGAGCCUGCUUGCCGGGGCACCUAUGAGAGCUGCCAGCACAAUGAAUUGGCUUCGAGGGAUUUGCACAAACUACUAGCUCCUAGUGGAACUAAUGAUAAUGCGUCGCGAAAUUCAGUCGCACAUUUCCCAGCAACAGGACGACUGGUAUCUGUGGAAACAGCCACCAAUCCAAAUAAGGGGGUGCAUUUGAAUAAUACUGAGGAGUCCGAUCCGAAAUGGUUUGGCUUUCGUACUGCCCGCGAACAGCAAUCGCUGGAUGAUUUAAAGAAAAAAAAUCCACAGGGUGUAAGCGCUCCAUCCGAUAUCAUGAAUUACAGGAAAAAGACUCUCGGAGGACGGCGUACGGUUCAUUCAAAUUAUGUGCCGCCCACAGGGCAAGGGCAGGGCCAAAAUGACAACCGCAGCAAGGGCAGUUCCAGCGCAGGCAACAUUCCGGCUUCGCUGUCGCAUCUUGAUGCUCAAAUGGUUGAGCAAAUAAUGGGGGAGAGCAUGCACAACUUCAAGAAUGUGGCCUGGGAAGAUAUUGCCGGCUUGGAAUCUGCCAAAUCAACAUUCCUGGAAGCCAUUAUUCUGCCGCUGCGGCGUCCCGAUUUGUUCACUGGCGUGCGCUGUCCCCCACGAGGUGUUCUGUUGUUUGGUCCGCCUGGGACCGGUAAGACAUUGAUAGCCAAAAGUAUUGCCUCUCAAGCCAAGGCAAAGUUCUUCAGCAUCAAUCCCUCCACCCUUACUUCCAAGUGGGUGGGCGAGGCCGAGAAGCUGGUGAAGACUUUGUUUGCUGUGGCUGUUGCCCAUCAGCCAUCCAUUAUCUUUAUCGAUGAGGUUGACUCACUUCUAUCGAAGCGUUCUGGCAACGAGAACGAGAGCACGUUGCGCCUGAAAAAUGAGUUCCUGAUACAUUUGGAUGGUGCUGCCACCAACGAUGAGCAUCAGAUUCUGGUUAUAGGAGCCACUAAUCGGCCACAGGAGCUCGAUGAGGCAGUGCGUCGACGCUUUGUGCGCCGCUUGUAUGUCCCACUGCCCACAAAGGAGGCACGUCAACAAAUCAUCGAAAAGAUACUCGCCCAAGUGAAGCACAGUCUUAGUUCGCCCGAAAUCAAUGAGCUGGCGGAGCUCACUGAUGGCUACUCAGGGGCGGAUGUAGAUAGCCUGUGUCGUUAUGCAUCAAUGGCUCCGCUGCGUUCGCUUACCAACUCCCAGAUGGAGGUUAUACAGCCGCAUCAGUUGCCUGCCGUAACCAUGGAGGACUUUAAAAAGGCUCUGAAAGUGAUUUCCAAGAGUGUUUCUCCGGAGGAUUGCCAACGAUUUGCCGAAUGGAAUGAAAUCUAUGGCAUCAGACACUGAGAAAAGGUGAUUUUACAUUCGAAAAGUUCUUCGAGUUAAAAACUAUGCGGGGGCAGUUGGAAAAUUGCGUGCGAAGUUUUCUUAUUC